AUUUUAUCUUUUUCUUAAAGGAGGAUGUAGAUUCUUUUAUGAAACAACCUGGAAAUGAGACUGCAGAUGUAGUACUUAAGAAACUGGAUGAACAGUAUCAGAAGUAUAAGUUUAUGGAACUUAACCUUGCUCAGAAGAAAAGAAGGCUAAAAAGUCAGAUUCCUGAAAUUAAACAGACAUUAGACAUUUUAAAACAUAUGCAGAAGAAAAAGGAAUCCACAAACCCAAUGGAGACCAGGUUUUUAUUGGCAGAUAACCUCUACUGUAAAGCAUCAGUUCCUCCUACGGAUAAAGUCUGUUUAUGGUUGGGGGCCAAUGUGAUGCUUGAAUAUGAUAUUGAUGAAGCUCAAGCUCUGUUAGAAAAGAAUCUGUCUACUGCCACAAGAAAUCUCGAGUCACUAGAGGAAGACCUGGAUUUUCUUAGAGAUCAGUUCACCACCACAGAAGUUAAUAUGGCUAGAGUUUAUAAUUGGGAUGUAAAGAGAAGAAACAAGGAUGAUCCUUCCAAAAACAAAGCAUAGUUCUAGCAAUUUUAAAUGUUUACUAUUUCCAAAUACUUUUAUUUUAAACACCCCCAAAAUUCAUCCUGAAGGGACUAAGUUAAUAAUUUCAAUAAAUGAUAAAAUAUAUAACUCAAUAAUAAUGGUGAGCACCAUUUUAUUUAUUUGUAAACUCACAAUUUGGUUUCAUGCAUGCUUCAUGAAAUUAUGAAUUAUUUGAAAGGAUACCACAUGGUCCGGCAAAGGACAUAGCAUUUUUACCAACUCAGUCCAUUUGUCAUAAGUAAAUUCUUACUUGAGAGUUUAUCUAAAGAUGUGAGGUGCAUGUAUGAAACUGAGGUUAGGACAUUUUAUUGUACUGUGAGGGUUUCCUUUCAUAUUUGCUGAUGUGUUGUAUACACUUGAUGAGGUAAACUUUUUGGGGUGAGGAAGACAUGCAGCUGAUAUUUUAGCAAACAGGGAAAACAGUAAAAUCCUAGUUUUUCUUUUAGUCAAUUACUGCUUUGGCAACAUCAACCCACAAGCAUUCCCAGAGAUCCACUUUGGAUAAACUUGAUUAUCAAGUUUGGGUUAGCCAAUUGAGAGCUACUGAAUUUUCUGCACUUUACAUAUAACAGUUCAAGAUGUCUUCAGAAAAGAACACUCUGCGGGUUUCAUUCAAUGAACAGCACAAGCUAUGUCAAGACUGCAGAUUCUCACCCAAUCCCCUAUGACUGACUGUCUCUCUCUCUCUCACACUCACACUCACACUCACACUCACACUCACACUCACACUCACACUCACACUCACACUCAC